AUGGCGUCUUUGGAGUCCCGCGCUCACCCUGGAGCCACAGAGAACCUGGGCCGGAUGGGAAAAGCCACUGUGUGGUCGAGAGCUGCUCUGGGGGAACUCUCAAACUUAAACCCUGCAGCUGUCAACACAAAGAGAGGAGCCUUCAAGACACAAGCCUGUCUAAAGACUAGGCUCCCAGAGAAGCAAGCAGAGGUCUUGGCCCCUGAAUGCACCCUGGAGCAAGAGGAGACUGCACUGUGCCAGGCCUUCUCUGAGGCUCUGCUCACAGUGGAGGAUAUGGAUGAAGAAGACUGUGAUCUUCCUCAGCUCUGCUCACACUACGUCAAAGACAUCUACAGAUAUCUGCACGAGCUGGAGCGGCAGCAGCCUGUGCGGCCGCACUACAUGCAGGGCUACGAGAUCACAGGCCGCAUGAGGGCGUUGCUUGUGGACUGGCUAGUCCAGGUGCACUCUAGGUUCCAGCUGCUGCAGGAGACUCUGUACUUGACUGUGGCCGUGCUUCCUGCAGGUGUGCUAAGGCAGAUGGCCUCCCUCAGUGUUGGAGAAGGGCUGUAG